AUGAUACUUUAUGACUUCCUUAUUCUCAACAAUCUCAAGCAGCACUCAAGUCUCAUAAGGCACAUCUUCUGUCAGGCUCAUGAAAUGGAUUCAGUCUAUGCAAAUUCUAGUUUCAUACUUUCAACAAUUGCCUCAGGUGAAAAACCCUCUCAAUGCAACGUUAACUCCACUCAAAUGCAAGAACGAGAGACAGAAGUCACUUCCCCAAAGUGGACUAAAGUUCUUCUGAUUGUUCUGGGCUUCUCUCUUGUUUUUGCUCUCGGCGGUCUCUGCACUCUGUGGGUGCUUUAUAAUUAUAAGCUUGCUGAUUUUGAAUCACUGAAUGAACAGCACGUCAUGAUUUCAAAGCAACUGUCAGCUCAAGAGAUCAACAGCACAAUUCUGAUGAGAGAGCUAGAGGAACUUAAAGCCAAUUACACAAGAGUUAGAGAACACUUUCAACCUUAUGUUGUCAUGAAGAAAGAGUUUAAUGAUCUUACAGCCAAAUACAACACACUUAGAAAAUGGUUGUCAUUUUACGAUGGAGCGGAUCUGGUCACCAUAACCAGCCGAUCAGAACAGGAUUUUCUGGUCUCUAAAAUAAAACAGACGCACUGGAUUGGUCUCAACGAUCUGGAAAGGGAAGGACACUGGGUUUGGGUGAAUAACCAAACUCUCAAAGAAACUGGAGUACAGUUCUGGUUCAGAGAGGGGCCAAGAGAACCUGAUAACUGGAGAAACCAGGAUCCAUCUGGAGAGAACUGUGCUAGUCUGGGAGAUGAGAAUGGCAACUUUCAAUCUUGGUUUGAUGCUUCUUGUAAAACACAGAAACUGUUUAUCUGUGAAAAGAUCUAUUAAUUUAUCUUUAUCAGUAAUACAUAAUAAAACGUCAAUGAUACAUCAUGUACUCUACAUGUGCAGAGCAAAAUUGAAUUCGGAUUUGCUUACUUUUACCUAUCUAAAAAUGCUGCAUUUCUCCAGUUUUGACUUUGUAUAUUUUAAUGACGAUCUGAAGCAGAUUUACCUAAUAAAACACAAGCUUUUUUUGUUUUGAUAACUCACACAUCACUCCUCUUGCAGUCAGUUUUAAUAUCAUAAGGACAUGCAGUGCUGUAAUUAAAUGCUUUAAUAUCAUCUGUGAAACCACUGUGAUCAGCAAAUGGCAGCACUGCAUAGCUACGAGUAGCCUAAAACUAAAAUAAACAUAGACAAUAUCUGUUUUGUGCAUGUAUCUAAAAUAUAGUAAUGUGUGCUUGUGCUAUAGCUAAAUGAAUAAUGUAACUGUAAUACAGUAGGUUUCUGUGAGAAACAGAAUAGAAUUUAAAACUGAUUAAAUCAUUUUUACAACUUGCAAUUUUUUGCCUGUUCUGUCACUUUGUAUAUAUGUUUAUUGUUUUAGCCACAAGCAGCCUCUACAGCUUUAUUGACUUCUAUUCAUAUUUCACAAUAAUGCAUUCAGGCUAUUUUAGCCAAUUUUUGCAUUCCUGGUACAUAAAUGCUGUCAACACUCUCAUUUAUGUAAAUAAAAAUCUCAGACAGUAAGGAAUGUUGCUACCCACACCAGUGCCAUCAAUAAGUUGUAAAUAAAUCUGUUUUAAAUGAGUAGAUAUGUCAAAAGUAUAUUUAGACAUUUGCUAAAGAUAUUUGCUUAAAACAGUGAUGUGUGAACUGGUGUGAAGUUGCCAUUUGACUUCCUGCAGGCAGACUAAGUGUUUGUAUUUUCAUGAUGCGGUGAAGCCUUUCAAAGAAAAGUGAUAUUUUCUUUAUUAUGUGCGUCACAACAGAACGUUGCGGAAACCAAGGCUAGUUUUCAUAACCUCUUUUGGUUUCACUUUAUUUUGAUGGUCCUGUUAACACAUUCUGUUGACUAUAAGUAACAUUGCCCCUACAUUCCUACUAACUCUCAUUAGAGUGUUAGUAGAGUAUUAGUAGACUGUUAGGGUUAGAAUAAGUUGACAUGUACUUGCACAGUUACUUACAGUCAAUAGAGUGUCUGUUGGGAGACCAUCACAAUAAAGAGUUAGUAGAUAUGAAGCAAACAGUCUACUAAUAUUCUAAUGAGAGUUAGUUGACAUGUAGUUGCAACAUUACUUAGUGUCAACAGAAUGUUCAAAAGGGACCAUCAAAAUAGUGUUACCCAUCUUUUUUAUUUAUUUCAGUUACUGCUGUAUACUUCUUUGAGCCAGAUACAUAAAUGGUUUUUUUUUUAGCAGUGAUCUGAAACCCUUCAAAAACUUACUGUAAUCUUAGGUUAAAAUGAUAUUUGUGAGUUCUGUCCUUCAAACUAGUUUCAGUACUGUUUCUCACAGCUUUUUGGGUAAUGAUGAUCAUAAUAAAACCACACUGGCAUACAUUGUCAAGAAUCAUUUAUGAUGAAGGUAGAUUUUAACUGAGACUUUAAACAAUGUUCUCAGUAAAAGUUGGGGUAAGUUGUCACAUAUGCUAAAAAAAAAAAAGAUUUUGUUAAAGAUUUAUUUUGCAAUGCUGCACUGAUUCAAAGGUUUAGAAAUAAUUUCCUUGAUCUCAUCAAAUUUCUGCCAAAGGUAACUCCACUGAAAAGCAAGAAAGUGAGACAGAAGUUUGUGCACCUAAAUGGACCAAAGUUCUUCUGAUUGUUUUUGCUGUCUGUCUGGUUUUUGCUCUUGGAGGUUUCUGUGUUGUGUGCUCUGGGCGUUCUGUAUGUCAGUGUUUCAAUGCAACUGUCAGCCCAGAAAACUAAUGGCACAAUCAUGGUGAAAAAGAUUGAGGAACUUACAGCCAACUACACCACAGUUCGAGAACAACUGUCUAUUUAUGAAGCCGAGCUCCAUCUCUUUAAGACCCAUGACAUGGUUAGACACACAAUUUCUGCACAUUGAACCACGAUAUGAUUAAUGUGAAAGAAUGCUAUGAUCUAACAAAAUGGAUAAUAUUCAUAUGCUUUUUGUUCUGCAUUAUAGCUCAGUUUUCUAAUGUUCACAUGCAACGUGAAUUUGGCAGCACUAAAGUUGUACCUCUUUAGUGUAGGUAAACUAAAAUAAGUACAAGAUAAGUAUCUCACAAAAAAAAUUAACAUGUCUGUACAAAAUUUGUAGCUUCACAUAAUUAUGCUAUAUGUGCAUUUUCUGGUGUCUAAAAUUAAACAAUGGCACUGGAUUGGUCUCAAUGAUCUGGAAACUGAAAGACACUGGGUUUGGGUAAAUAACAAAACUCUCAAAGAAACUGCAAGAACUUUGUCUGCAACUAUUUCUUAAUCAAUGUAACAAAAAUACAUAUAUGAGAAAGAAAACACAUUUAUCAUUUUCAUCAUUAUAGUACUGGAAUAUUAAAAUCUUUGCAAUAAUGGCAUAUUUUACAAAAGCUACAUUAUUGCUCUACAAAAUAUUUUUGAAGGAUGAAUAUUGCUUUUACCCUGAUCGCCUGUUUCUGCUAUUGAAGGUUUUGGCACAAGAGGCACUCUGAGAAAAAUGUCCCAAUGGAGAAAACUCUGCUAUUGUAAAAAAUGAUGUCAGCUAUUUAGACAGUUGGUUUGAUACCUCUUGCAAACAUCAGACAAAGUUUAUCUGUGAAAAUAAAUAUUAAUUUACCUCCUUU